AUGUUAUGUUUAAAAUGUGGCUGCCGAAAACAUGGUUUAAAAUGCACAAAUUUAUGCUCAAAUUGUCAUAGUUCUGAACAAUGCAUCAAUGUGCAGAAAAAAAUCUACGAGGAAGUUAAUGAUUCAGAUGAAAUUGCGGAUGAAGAACCAAUGCAGACCGAAAAUAAUGUGGGAGACGAAGACAAUGAUGGUCUUGAAGAUGUCCAAGAUCUAGAAUCCGAAAGGCCUGUCGAAUUUAACGAUCAAGAAAUACCAUCAAAAAGACAGAAACUGAUGAAUAAGUGA